AUACCAAAAGCCAUUUUUUUAUAUAUAUAUAUAUAAAUAACUGUUCUCAGUUCAAAGCAAAAACUCUUUUCACUUCUCAGAAUCGGAAACUUUGUAGGAGGAUCUCUCAGGGAUUUAGUCGGCGAUGGCGUCCAAGCGGAUUCUGAAAGAGCUCAAGGAUCUGCAGAAAGAUCCUCCUACUUCUUGCAGUGCUGGCCCAGUUGGCGAAGAUAUGUUCCACUGGCAAGCAACAAUUAUGGGUCCACCUGACUGUCCCUACACCGGUGGACUGUUUCUCAUUACCAUUCAUUUUCCACCUGAUUAUCCAUUUAAGCCACCCAAGGUUGCUUUUAGGACAAAGGUUUUCCACCCGAACAUCAACAGCAAUGGUAGUAUUUGCCUUGACAUUCUGAAGGAGCAGUGGAGCCCAGCUCUUACUAUCUCCAAGGUGUUGCUGUCCAUCUGUUCUCUGCUAACAGACCCUAAUCCUGAUGACCCUUUGGUGCCGGAGAUUGCUCAUAUGUACAAGACUGAUCGAAACAAGUAUGAAACAACUGCUCGGAGCUGGACCCAAAAGUAUGCCAUGGGUUAGUCGCUGUUGCGAUGCAUCUAUAGAGGGUCUCCUUUCCCUCUGUGUUUUUGGGCAUUAUCAGUAAUGUGUUUAGAUAUGAAGUGUUUCUUAUGGCUUAAUGGGAACAGUUGUGUUUUUGUCUCUUGAAACACAAAACUUUGCCUUUUGGUUUGUAAAAUCCAACGGUUAUGCUACUCUAUGGAUAGGUCAAAAUUAAGCAGUUUGACCAUUUUGUAUGUGAAUGAAAACUCUAUGAAGAUGUUUCCUUUGAAUAUGAAUGGUUUCAUUCAUUUUU